CCCAGAAGUGUUCACAAGCUCUUUGGAGGGUUCGUGCCGAGGAAGAUGGCGAGGUGGUCGAUUCUUCGGAGAAUAUCCGCCUAUGGCGGUUCCUUCACUUACUCUUCUUCGAAACAUAUGGUGUUCCCUCCGAUUGAUUUAACCCGGAGCUUGUCAUUCUCUUUGAUACACACUUCGGCAGAUGAUGAGCUGUUAUUGCAGAGAAUACUUACCCAUCACGGUACUGCUUCGAAGUUCAUCGGCAAAAACGAUAUCACGGGUCUCGUGGAGAAGUAUUUGAGAUCUGGAAACAUCUCUGAUGCGCAUAGCUUGUUGCAAUCCUUGCCAGAUCGAAAAUUUUUCUUGCCCGAUGCCCAGGAACGGGUUCUAAGGGCAGCAGCUGAAAAGGGCGACUUUGAGAUUUCUUGCAGGGUUUUCAGACAACUGUUGUCGGGCGGUGAGCCCUUGAGUUCAGAAUGUUAUCUCAACCUUGCGAGGGCUUUCAUGGAGACAGAUGAUUGCACUCAUUUGUUUCGUCUUCUCAAAGAAGUAGCAGAGUCUUCUACCCGGACGAAUGGCUUAACGGUAAUAAACCGAACCCUCCUUGCAUUUGCUGAAUCUAGACAGAUAGAUAAAGUGCUUCUGAUGCUCGAUCAAAUGAAAGGUUGGGAAUGCAAGCCGGAUUUGAUUACGUGCAAUACCGUCUUAGAUAUCUUGGGUCGUGCUGGUAAUUUGAACGAGAUGCUCAGAUUGUUCUCGUCGAUGAAAGAAGAUGGUUUGGUCCCGGAUAUCAUUACGUACAAUACGCUAUUCAACGGGUUCAAGAAAGCCGGAAGGUUAGACUUAUGCACGAUAUAUUACGAGGAGAUGCAUCGGAGUGGAAUCCAACCCGAUUUGCUUACUUAUACAGCAGUGAUCGAUAGCUUUGGUAGGUCAGGGAAUAUCGAAGAUUCGUUAAGACUCUUUGAUGAGAUGAAACAGAGAAAGAUUAGUCCCUCCCUUUAUAUCUACCGAGCACUGAUAGAUAGUCUGAAGAAGUCGGGAAAUCUGCUGAAGGCAAUGCAACUUUCAGACGAGAUGAAUUCCUCUUCCCCUGCGGAUUUAGCACGUCCCGAAGAUUUCAAAAGAACCCGAAAAACUUGCAGACGAUAAAAAUCUUUGAUUGGGGGAUCCAAUUGGAAUCUGAUGUUUCAAUACCAUACACUGCAGCUGCAAUGGCUGCCAAAGAUAUUGUAUAAAGCCUGGUUUUUUUCUUUCAUUUCCAUCGAUGAGUUUCCCUGGUUUUAACCAACGAUAUUGUAUAAAGUGUCGCCUUUUAACUGAAGUAACUGUAAUUUGCUCGGUUUUAAUAUCAGGUUCAUAUGGUUUUAUUGGUUUA